CAGCUCGCGCUGUCAAUCGGGAAACGCCUGGCUUUUUCUGCUGGAGCCAUCUUUUUUGUUCUCUCCUUGCUUUCGUGACUUCGUCUUUAGAUUUAAAAAAAGGUUGAUUUUUACACCAACGAAGCUUCAAAAUGAAACGAAGAUAUGAAAACGAUCCCAAAGAACACGAUGAUACUAAGCGGGAGCGAAGGGAGGAAGCAGCGGAAACGGAACCGGAUAAAACAUUAGCGGUUACUCCAAUCGAUUCGUAUCGAUCGAGUUUCCCGUACUUCAGAAAACCAUCAGAAAUUGGUCACUUUUCCUUGGAUGUAGAUAGGAAAUUUCACGAUGACAGUCAUCAGUUGAAGUAUUUUUGCCCCCCUCAUGAGAUCCACUUCGAUCUAAGCGAAGGAUAUAAAGAGUUCAAAGCGAGAGACGAAGAUGUGAAAGAGGGACUAGGUCAUUUGCUAGAGUGGAUUAGUGCUCACAGAGAGAAAUUUGCACUACCAGGUGAAGAGAGGGUAGAGAAUGGACAAGCCGCAGAUGCCAGACCAGCAACGAAGAGUUUGAACACCAACUUUGUGACAUGGAGGGGCCAUCUCACCAAGCUGCUAUGCACUCCAUACGAGACCAAAGAGCCCUGGCAAAUGGCUGCAACCCUAUUCAAGGGCACUAUAUACCUCAGCGAGGUAGAAACUCAGGAGGCAUACGAUCGUCGAAAGAACAUGGAAGAGCGACAUAAAGAAAUGUGUUACUGGGGGCAUAAAUUUGAAACAUAUGUCACAAAGCUUGUGUCUGAACGAGGCAAGAGGGAAACAGUGAUGGGAGCAUCGACAUCUACUGCGUCAACAUCAGAGGGUGGCGCUUCAGCUAAGCCUGUCAAUAAUUCAGAAGCUUAUGUGUCAGUGUUCAGAUCAAGACUAGAGAGGCAUUCCCUGGUGUUUGGUGCCGAGAUAGACUGCUGCACUAAGGAAACAGAAGAAUCGCCAGGAAAUUACAUCGAGCUCAAGACGUCUCAUGCUCCACACAAUCACCAACAGCACUGGUCCUUCAAUCGCUACAAGUUGCUCAAAUGGUGGGCACAGUCUUACCUGGCAGGGGUGCCAAAAAUUAUUGCUGGUUUCCGUCAUCAUCACAGUCAUGUGGAUAAACUCCAAACUUACAACACCCUGGAAAUACCCCAUCUCCUUGAAAACCAACAAAACAUGUGGGAUUCAACCAUCUGCUUCAACUUCCUGGAAAAGUUUCUACGCUGGUUGCGCUCUGUGGUGGUGUUGGAUGACCCAAACAGAGUUUACCUUUUCUCAUUCAGGGCUCCAUUCGAACAAGUGAAAUACCAGGAAUUUACAAAUGGGGAGCAUAAGUUUUUGCCAGAGUGGUAUAUUAAGACAUUUUAAAUCAAUUUUGUAUAGUUACUUGUGUGUUUUGAGGGGUAAUCAAGUGAUAGAUGGCAAUACUUGUUCAGAAAUAGCAAGCUUGAUCAUCAAUAGGAAUUUAACUGGUGCUCUUCUUCUAAAACAAAAUAAAAGGACUAGUCUUUUAGCGACAUGUCAAGUUAUCGUAUCUAUUUAUAAAAAAAACUAUUUUUGAAAAACAAAAUGGACCAUGUUUUCUAUCUAUUGUUUGGUAAAUGUAAUUAAAAUAAUAAUGGUUUUGGAAAAGAACCUCUGAGCUGUUCUAAUGAAUAGGUCAUGAAAGAAAUAGAUGAAAAAAGUCAUAGGGGCAUUGUUUUUACUUAUUUUACACCAGAUUUUAAUUCCCCCUCACCUUAAAAUCUACAUAAGCCUGUAGAGCUAAAUCUAGAAAUCUAUAUACAUGCUACAUUUGUAUCUUUUUCCAGACAGAUUCAUUGUUAUCCCAUACUAAAAUACUGAGAAUCACAAUAAUACAAUGAUUCAGUAUUCCAUACUUUCAGAUAAUAAAAAAGUCCAAAUAUUGUUCUGUUUGUGGAUUAUUUUGGGGGAAAUUUUAAGUGGUUAUGUUAUGAAGAAUUCUGGGAGCUAUGGUUUGUUCAACAAAAAAAGUUAUUAUUGUCAUAUAAUAGUGCAGGGGAAGAUAAGACCCCACCCUGCACGUGCAGAGAUAAGAAACUAUGUGGGUAACUAGGCAAUGGAAUAAUUUGACUGCGUCAGUAAUUAAAAAGGUAAUUAAUUUUCAUUGUAUAUUCUUAUAAAAAAGAUUCUAGAUGGAGCUACUGUAAGGAUGUCAUUUUCUGCUCCGGAUCUCAACCUGAAUUUUUCUUUAGAUACUCCCAUGUAUUAUUAUGCUAGAGGAUCCAGCGUACUUUGCGGGCAGUUGUGACCUUUGACCUGGUAUUUGAUGAUAAGAUAGAAUUUUGAAAUGUUCAAUAAAAUAUAGUGUCCCCAUUUUAUUUUUGUGCUUUUAUGUUGACCGUAGGUCUCGCAGGUCUAUUUUGUUUUCAAAAAUAGCCUUUAAAAACAUGACCCCCUCACUCCCUUCUCACCGCACGCACGGUGUGAGACUCGGACUGAGCUGUCGGUUGCGUCCCAUUCGUCCCAGGGUUCCCGCCUACGGUAUUUAUAAUAAAAAAAACUCUUCGUGUGCUACGCUUUUUCGUGCACGGAACAAUAUUAGUAAGGAAUAAUGACAGUAGCACGUUUCGAGUAUUAGAUUUAUUAAGGAGUCACGGAACAUUGCUUCUGCGUCACUCCAUCCGGUGGAUCAUGAAUAUGCAUUAUUGUCUCAACAACACAAUCAAGACUAGUAAAACGUGAUCGGUGGGAAUCGGUGAACUUCUUUUCGAUUGCAGCGAAUAAUACUUUCAGUGCGAACAAGACUAAUUUCCAGUGAUAUAUAUAUAUACAGCUUAUGGAUUUGUUCUGGUGAAAUUUGACCCCGAAAGCGUGAUAGAAACUUGUUAUCUUUCAUCGUACAAACACUACUGAAUUCUCUUUCUGUUGUGAUACGAAAUGAUGUACUGAACGGUUACAGCGAAAUUAUCGACGACUUUGAAUGUGAAGAAUGAGCUUAUGCCAUGGAAACUUGAGGGAAAUCGAUUAUUUUGCGAAUUCUUUUUUUAACGUGACUAUCUCUUCAUUAGUUCGUGCUGGCUUGAACUUAUAGAAGCGUGCAACAGCGGAAAUCGACUGAGCUCUUCAACUUAUUUAUUAUAUUAUGGCUGGCGAUUUCCCCAACUGGCUUGGGCCUUUAUUGACCUCAGUACUUUUAAUUGUAAUCAUCAUUUGUGUUUGCUGGUAUUACUGUUACUGGAAGCCGAAAAA